AUGUCCAAGCGGAGCUACGAUAGCAGUGCUCACGAGAAACGCAUCUCCAAGUAUCGUGACCUCAGGGAUGGGUCGAAGAGUGUCAAGUUUCCAGAGAAACUCCUCAAAGUCUUGGAGCAGAGACUGCAGAAUAUAGCAAUGGGGAAAGAUGCUGCGUAUUCUGACCAAUUAACAAGGCGAACAAUGGCCGUCUUCUAUGGACAGUUCAUGGGGGACCCUUUCAGAAAGCAGAUGAAGGAGAACAGGAGCAUAGAGGAGUUGAUCUUGAUGUUUGCCUCACAAGCCACCAGCGUGCUCAGGAAGGAGCCCACACUCGCUGAUGAUGGAUGGAAGGUUGAGGUGAACAACCAAAUUGCACAGUUCGUGAGGAUGCUUCGGGAUUGCUUGAAGACUCUCAGCCAUGUUUCGCCCGAGCUCAAUUCACGCUUGGAUAUGUAUCACGCCAAACUUGCACCGUCGCAGUCUUCGAAUGAUUCGGGGUACGACUCUGCAUCCGCGUCGCGGGAUUCUAUCAGCACACAGCCAAGCAUCAGCCAAAGCGUUUCAGAUAUGCCUUUUGUGAUGAUCGUGGCACGCCUGUUCAAGAUUCCUGAGAGCGCCAUGCAGAGCGAGGUGGAUCGGAUGCGGAAAACAUGUACAGAGAAGGCUGCUGUUACAGACCUCAAGACUUGCCUGAAGAAUAUCAAUUCUGGCGCCCCAUUCCCCGGUAGAAGGGAAGACUUUAGUAGUGAUACUGCGUGGAAUCAUUGGCGCACUCAGGAAACCUCCAUUCUCUCCCAGCUCAUGGUAGCGAUGAUGUCGCUUAAUCCCGAACUUGCUAAGUCCAUGCCUUCAGACAAUGGUUCCGUCUAUCCCACAUCGGGGGCUCGUCCAAGCUCUACUCGUAUCGACUCUCCUGGUGGAGCGAAGCGACACACUUCGAUUGGGAGCCGACACUCGUUCUUCGGAGCUGCAGAUGAAAGUGAGGAGAACGACGGCGACGAGGGGGACGAUGACGAAGAGAUUCGUGUUGGCCACAAUUUUACGUUUAUUCCGCCAAAUCCCAAGAAAUUCUACAGGCGUCUCAUCGAAUACUGUCUCGUCACGGAUCUAGAGUUUAUGUUCAGCCCCGAAGUGGACGACGCUGAUGAAGUUCCCUUGAGUAUCCUCAGCCCUCCCCAUGUGGAACUUAUAAACGAGUGUGCGAUGCGUUGGCGCAUAAACCAUACAUAUCGUGUGACGUGUUUUUUGGAUCAGAUCAAACAGCUAUAUGAGCGUAGCGACGUUCCCAUGGAGUGCAUACCAGAGGCCCUGCAAGGCAUCACGAAGUUAUUGCAAGAUCUCGAGAUUGACAAGUGGCCCAUCCAUGAUUCAGAAUUAUUGGCAUCCAUUUAUGUGGAUGCUUUGCCGAACCUAAAAGUCAGCGUGGUUCAGCCAUAUCUCACUAUUCUCGACCACGUACGGGAGAGUGGACUCAUCGAGCGUUUUGAGGCAGAUAUCAGUGCCCGUUUGGCAGACUUGACGACUCGCAUACAAGAUGUCUCAGUCCAGUAUUAUCAAGAGAAGAUGCAUACUUUGCAAGCAACUCCCGGAGUCAACCGGGCCUUACCAUUGCUGCUGAUGACGGACGAACUGGAGAAGGCAGCCAAACAGCUGGACAAGCGAUUUCCUGAUCCCCUUGUCGGAGUGGUAGAUCUAGUUUCUCUUGUGGUGGAAGCCCAGGUUCCACUGUUUAUCAGCGAACUUCAGAACUCCUCGAAGCGUUUGUAUGAAUCGUCGAUGAAUGGUCCAACUCCAGACGUGCCUAUACAAGACAUAUUCUCACUCUACCGACGAACGCAAGCGUUACUGUCAAUGUACAAGGCAUUUGCUCCUCAGGGACAACUGGAGUUUGAUCUUGGGCAGUUUUUCAUGCCGUACGUUCAUCAAUGGCUCGUCGACACAGACAAUAAGACCGGCCAAUGGGUGCAAGCUGCAAUAGCGGCGGACAAGUUCGAGGCAGAGAAUACAGAAGGGCACAGUGCAUCUAUCGUCGAUCUCUUUGACUCCCUCCGUAGUCCAAUAUCUUUCUUGCAGGACCUCGAGUGGUCAGAUGAAUAUCAGGAGGCGAGAUUCCUUACCAGUCUCUCCAAGACGAUAUCCAAGGCAAUCGAGCAAUACUGUCGCUCUGUUGAAGAGCUUUUCAUGACAGAAAUGUUUCCGCGCCCAGCGGACUAUUUGCAGCCGCAGAAGUCCUCCGCUUGGCUCGAGAAAGCCAAGUUGCUUACAACGACAGGCGAGAAGAAAGUCGAACCAUUCAACUUCCGCCCAGAGUCUUGCGUCAAGCUGAACAACGUCGAAGCUGCGCGGAAGCUCCUUGAUAACCUGUAUAACCAGAUACAGGUGGACAAGGUCGCUGACACGAUUGCUAAUCACGGGCCGCCUGUUCCCGACAAAAACGAGCGGGCGCGAUUCCUGUUUGCUGUGAAGAUUGUUAUGGCGGAGGAUUUGAUACCACUUGAUAGUAGUCCGUCCUCAUUACUGGACACCUUCGUGACGCUCAGCGAUGAGGCUGGGAAUCGCCUUGUGAAGACGAGAACGAUUUAUGAGAGCUUGAGCCCGCGUUGGGAAGAGACUCAUGACAUAUCGGUCGACAAGCCUUUAUGGUUAAUGUGCAGUAUACGUGAUCGCGCGCUUGUGGGUCAACAUGACGUUGUUGGUCGGUCCUUCAUAUGCCUCAAUCCUAAGGAAUUUGGCGAUUUCUUGACCCACGAUGUAUGGCUGAACCUCGAGAACACCAACCAUGGUCACCAAGGGAGGAUACUUCUUCGAAUAAGUAUGGAAGGGGAGAAAGAUGACGUGCAGUUCUACUUUGGCCGGGCUUUUCGAUUCCUGAAGCGAAGUGAGGGAGACAUGAUGCGGAUAUUUAUCGACAAAAUGUCACCAUAUAUACGGCAGUCACUGUCCCGACCUAUCCUCAAAACCUUGAUCAAAGCCGGAUCUCUAGGGCUGGAUUACAACAGGGCACUUGGGAAUGUCACAGCGCUCUAUCGCUCAGCACUGGGCUCCAACGCUAGUGAGGUGCAGAUACCUCUUCCUCAGAACGAGAAAUCUCGUGUUCGGCCCGAGGAGCUCACCGACGUGGAGAUUGAGCGCGCGAUCAUUCCUCUGUUCGAUUAUUUCGACGCCAACCUUCAUAUUCUCAACACCUAUCUUAGCGAGACUGCAAAAGAUAUGGUGAUGAUGAGGGUCUGGAAGGAGAUCUUAGUCGUAAUAGAGGGUCUGCUCAUACCGCCAUUGUCCAAGCUCUCGAGUGACAUGAAACCACUCAGUGACAAGGAGGUAGACAUUGUUUUCAAGUGGUUGAAGUUCCUCCGUGAUUAUUUCUAUGCGGAAGGCGAAGGCAUUCCGCUGGAAAAGCUACAGAACCAGAAAUAUCGGGAUGUUGUCUCCAUUCGCUUGUACUAUGAUUGGCAUACGGAUACUCUUAUGGAAGAGUGCGUGCGUGCCAUGCAACAAAGCUUGCGUGAAGCGGUUCCUGUCAAGAAGCGCGUGAAGAGCGUCUAUAACCAGCGGAAUCUGGGGACCAUCAAGGAGCGCAAGAAGGUAAAGAAAGAGGAGAAAGAAGUCUCGAACGGUGAAACUAUUAUGAGAAUCCUUCGCAUGAGACCAAACACACAAGAGUUCAUUACUCAGCAGCUUGAAAUGAUGACAACCGUGCAAGCUGAGCGCGAACGCGCACAAGUUGAUAAACAGCAGCGAAGAUCUCAACGACCGCGGCAGGCGGAAAGUCCUGAAGUUCCGCCACUGCCCUCCGCUGCCUCGUAG